AUGGUAGAUCAAAACACAGAAAAUGAGACAAAAAAUGACAAGAACUGGAUUUUUAAGGAGAAUGAAUUAUAUAAAACUACCCGGAAAUUUGGAUAUUGGCGAUUUAAAGCUACAAUCAGGAUAUCUAAAUGCAAAUCAAAAUGGAACGCAUCGAAUGUUCUAUUUCGAUCUCGGAAUCGCUUCUGUAGGUUCACGGAAAUAUAUCUCACGUUAUUAUUUUUGUUGUUGUUUUUUUUGCUUUUUUUCAAUAAAUUUUUUCUGCUCCUCGAAUCUCGAGAUAUUUCCUCUGACACUGCUCCGUUAAUAAUUUGGUUCAAUGGAGGACCCGGUUGCUCAUCUUUAGGAGCAUUUUUUGAAGAAUUCGGCCCACUAUACGUCAACUUUGAUGGCAAAUCCCUUUUUGAGAAUGUCAACUCCUGGUACCAUAGAGCAAAUAUUCUAUUUUUGGAAUCCCCAAUAGGCGUCGGAUUCUCCUAUGACCAGGAGGAUAGAAAUGUGUCGAGAGGAGAUGACGAUAUGAUAGCAGAGCAGAAUUUUAGAGCGGUUUUGGAUUUCUUUGAGAACAAGAACCAGUCAUAUCUGAAAAAUGAGUUCUUCAUAGCCGCCGAAUCCUAUGGAGGAGUCUAUGGACCAAUGUUGUCUGCAUUGGUGGCAGAAUCCAUUGCGAAGAGAGAAUUCCCAAACGAAAAAUUCAAGGGAUUGAUCAUAGGAAAUGGAUUUAUGAAUGUGAAGUUGUCAACGAACACUAUGAUUCUAUGGGGCGCAUAUCAUGCGAGAGCAUCUCCAGAUGAAUGGGACGCAAUUAAAGAAAAAUGCAGGACUUCUGGAGCUAAAGAUGUCGACAGUUAUGAUUUUAUGCAAUUCAUGACAACUACAAACAAAAUGGACUAUCAAGUUGACAACAAAUCAGAAUGUGGGCAACUGAUUGAACCACUUUUGGGGCAGUACACCGAGAAUUGGGAGGGCGUUGCGGUCAAAAUCAAUAAAUCCAUAUUGAUAUACUUCGAGUCGUCAAGAUUUUUCAGUUAUGACUUCUUCAACUACUACCACGACUGCUACACCAAUUUCUCUCUUCCCAAUGCCACGGACCCCGUCAAAGAGACCAUGAAACUAGUUCCACGAAAAGGAAUCUCGGCUCUAUGGAACAAGUACUCGACUGACGACAAAACAUCUUAUAGUUGCUGGAAUGACAUGGCACUUCACAAGUAUCUCAAUCUUGAAGACGUCAAAAAAUCUCUAAAAAUUGAUAGCGAGUGGUUGGAGAGAAAGGAGAAAUGGAAGGUUUGCAAUGUUGCAAUGUACGAUCAAUAUGUGAUGACUCAUCAAGACAUGACACCAUUCUUCACCAAGAUUUUCAAUAAUUACACGGGUCCGGCGUUCCGAGUUUUGAUCUACAAUGGAGAUGUGGACACAGCUUGUAACUAUCUGGCAGAUGGAUAUUUUGUGAGAGAUUUGGCAAAGAAAAAUAGGUUGCAAAAGACUCAGAAAUAUCAGCCAUGGUACUAUUCAGACAACAAGGUGUUGGCAGGAUAUUAUAUGAGAUACGAAGGAGCAAAUCAGCGUGGGGCGAAAAUUUCAAUUGAUGUUGUUACAGUAAAAGGUGCUGGCCACUUUGUUCCACUUGAUCGCCCGGGUCCAACCUAUCAAAUGAUCAAUAAUUUUUUAUCAGCUCAACCUGAGAAACUAGCCAACUAUACCCAACCAGUCUAA